GAUGAGAUGAGAUGACUGAUUGGUCUCUGUUUACUAUAAAUACCACAUGCUCAUGUGUCUCUUUUAGAGAACUCUAAUGUUUUCUUUCUGAUCACACAUUCAACAUGCUGGUGCAAAAGCUAAGCUGGAUAAUUUUGCUGCUGUUACCAUGUCAGUAUGGUGUAAAAGCAAAAACAACACUGGCCUGUGAAGGAGAAUCUGCGGUCCUCAGCUGUGAUGUCGGAUUCAUAAAGGUUAUUAAAUCCCAAUAUGGACGGACUGAUCGCACAACAUGUGCUAGUGGGAAAAAAGAGAAGUCUAUCUCAGACACGCAGUGCUCCCAAGACACAUUCCUCCAUAUGUCUGCUUGGUGUGAUGGAAGAAAGAGCUGUUCUGUUCAUGCAACAAACUCCAUUUUCUCUGAUCCUUGUAAUGGGACUUACAAAUACCUGGAUGUGUCUUAUACAUGUAUCCCAGCAAAAAGAAGUGUAAUGUGUGAAAAUACCCAAAGUCUCAUUGUCUGUGACACUGGUGUUAUUUCUGUUCAUUAUGCCAAUUACGGACGCCGGGAUCUUGUAACCUGCCCUCAUACAUCAGCAACAUCAACACACUGUUACUCUCCUCAGACCAGCAGCGUGCGUUCCAGGUGCGAUGGGAAGAAGUCUUGUCUUCUAAAUGCUUCAAAUUCUGUCUUCUGUGAUCCAUGUUAUCUUGUCAACAAGUACCUGGAAGUGACGUACAGCUGUGAAUAAUUGUAUGACGUUUCUGCCAUAUGCCAUUUGAAAACCAUGUCUGUUAUAGAAGCCGAUAAUAUUGGGGUUGUGAAGAGAAUAAAAGAUUAAAAUCAUCCUGUAAUUUCACAGCUUACAUAUUUGUUUGGCAAGCUUUAAUGACCAUGUGAACAACAAAUAUGAAAAAUGAGAUGUCUCAGAAAGUAAAAUGUGCAGAUGAUUACAAAUGGGCUUACAUGAAAAUAAUGUCACAAUGCAAAUAAAAUCCUUUCUACAUGAUA